ACGGGAAGGCGGGGGCUCGCGGGGCGAGGCAGGGCUGCCACGUGACCCGGUUGCUAUGGCACCCGCGGGAACAAUCGGGCCCGCGGCCCCGCCCCACCCACCAACCUUCCCGGCCCUGGGAAGAGCCCCUCCCGGGCCCCAGAUACCCUCGGAGGCACUCGGGUUUCGGGGAGCUCUGUGAGUGAAGGCCGGCCUAGGACCAAUCGAGAAGUGCCUGCACCCGGUGCCUUUCAUCCACACUAAUUUGGCUGCAGUAACUCGUUCAAGGGACGAUCACUUUGGAUAGCUUAUUACAGCUCUUCUCACGACGUUUCCUGGCGUGCAUGUCACAAGUCGCUAGGAUCAAGAACCAAGUCAGUUUUGCUCUCAGGGGCUCUUGGGGCCACCAGCCAAGGUCAUUCUCGUCCUCCUGUAAAUGACCGCUGAGGAAGACCAUGAAUGAGGCGAAGGAGUCCCUGCGAGGCAUCGAGCAGAAGUACAAGCUGUUCCAGCAGCAACAGUUCACGUUCACCGCUGCUCUGGAGCACUGCAGGGAGAACGCCCACGACAAGAUCCGGCCCAUCUCCAGCAUCGCACAGGUGCAGACCUACAUGGAACAUUACUGCAACAACUCCACGGACCGGCGCAUUCUGCUCAUGUUCCUGGACAUCUGCACAGAGCUAAACAGGCUGUGCCAGAACUUCGAGGCCCUGCACUCUGGCACCCCGGUCACCAACAACCUGCUCGAGAAGUGCAAAUCCCUGAUUAGCCAAAGCAAUGACCUAAGCAGCCUGCGAGUGAAGUACCCUCACGAUGUGGUGAACCACCUCAGCUGUGACGAGGCUAGGAACCACUACGGAGGCAUCGUCAGCCUCAUCCCCAUGGUCCUAGACUUGAUGAAAGAAUGGAUCGCCCACUCGGAGAAGCUGCCCCGCAAAGCUGUGCUGCACGUGAGUGAGCCCCAGGCACGCCAGGAAGCCACCGCAGCAGCCGCUCCGCCUUCCCGGACCAUGAGCACCCAGUCUUGGUUAAGAAAACACCAACUUAGGCAACUUACAAAAGUCAGCCCCAAACCAAGGGGGAAAGACAAAGGAUGUCCAAAACCUCCCUGGAGACCACCUGGCGGGAAGCUGUAACUCAGAGCUGGCGCCCUGCUGAGCCCCGCGUGGUGGGGGGGGGGGGGGGGGUUGCCGACUCUUCACUUGGGCUCCGGUCAUGGCAACUGAUGAACCCCAAAGGGGACUGCCCAAUAUACCACUGAGAACCUGUCUCCCUCUCGCUCACUUUUAAGUUCUCACCGCUCCACGCCUCUGGGCUUCAGGCUCUGCGCCCACUUCCAGUGUUGCCGGGAGAGGCUGGCGAGAGCCGGGGCACUGGCCCGCCUAGGCGCUCCGGGAGCUCCAGGCCAGCACCCUGCCAGGCCCGCCUCUCCAGGCAGAGCCACCAAGCGGGAGGCCACAGGGCCCCUUUCCCGCCGCUGCGGCCACUGUAGGGUCCCUCCGUCCGCCAGGGUGCUGGGGGCCGGCGCGGUAAACUUCCUCAGUGUCAUUAGGUGUCUGGACCCAAGGGGGAACGAACCUGCCUCUGCUCUCCUUUACUUGGGGGAGGGAGGCCAUGAGAGGGGCCAGAUGGACUCUGCGGCUCCCAAGUAAGACAGUCCCCUGGUUUCCGGGGCGCAGUCAAGGCCCUGACGUCGUAGCCUGUGUCUCUGGCCUCCGAGCUGCUGCAAGUACUGUCUGACUGUUGGUUUUUCCCUUCGCAGGGGGCGACUUAGAUUCUGUAUUCUUGCUUCCUCGGGGGCGACCGUCAAGAAUAAAAAAUGUUCUCCCACC